GAUGGUGAUAGCAGUGAUUCUGGAGGUGAUUGUGGUUGGCUCAGUACCUUAGAUACUCGUAGACCUGUACUUCCUAAUUUUUGGCUAAUCAUGAAUGUCUGUGAAAAGAAAGUUAUUGUGUAUUUUCAUAUGAGGCAAAGAAAUGAAGAUGAUGAGGAACUUGGUGAAUGUCAAACUGUGUUGAAUGAAGUCGUAACCAUUAUCAAAAAUAUUUGUAAAGAAGUGAAUCAAAUUCUUUUACUUCAGUCAUUAAGUGAAACACGAAUGUGUGAUAGACUUCUUGUGCCAGAAGGCAAUGAUGAUGUUUGGAAGAGCAAAGAUUUUGAUUUGAUUGGAGAUCCAAAUCGCACAGUUUCAAGUGAAGAUCCAGAUCUUGCUCUAGAAGUACAGGAAAAGUAUCUUGAAGCAACACUAAAAUUUGAACCAGGAGCCUUUGGUUGUCCUGUAGUUUGGGUUACCCACUUUAAAUUACAUCAUAGACUUGCUGCUGCUUCUACUGGAAGUAUCAAAUCAUUAGGCAUACAAGCUCUUCGAUCUGUUUUGAAUACAUUUUCUGUGAAUAAUCGAGAAAAUAUGUUUGUUUAUCAAGAUGGAUCGGGCCCAGUGUUUUAUCUCAGAUUGUUUGAAGAAAUUUGUGGGGAAAACCACUCGGGAGGAAUUUCAAGAGUUGAAGAUAAUUUAUCUUUAAUGGGAUCUUACUGUUCAUCUGUUCAGAGUCUACCUCAGAAGAGAACAAAUAUAGAGAGUGAUUUUGAAAUGGAAUUUCGUCCUCGAGUAAAUUCUGGUGCAUCUGAUAGCUAUCGUCAGGAUGCAUUAUCAGCUGCUUCAUCUAAAAAACCUCAGAAGUGUGUUGCUCUUUAUGUGCAUGGUAUUGGUGAAGUUGGUACCACUAUAACAAAUGACCUUGUGCAAGUCCUUCAAAAUCGUUUAAAUGAAGGUGUAUUGGACCUCAUAAUCAUGAUGCUGUCUCGAAAUCCACAGUGUAUGCUUACUCCUGAAGAUGUUCAGUUCAUUCAAAAUCCAAACAGUCCUCCAACUCAAGAAAUACAUUUUACUUUACCAGUUAAACUGCUGGGAUAUGCCCACUCUGUCCAUAUUUAUUUACGUCAGAAUAUGUUGCAUUUUGUGUACAAUCCAAAAUACACCGAUAGCAGAAAAGAGAGUCACUUUAAAGCUUAUUCUUAUAACCCUGUUGAGUGGACUCAAGUUGAUGAUAAUGAUAUUUUUUUAUACCACUCUCAUCAAGCAUCUGGCUAUUCUGGAGGAAAAGGGAUAUCCUGUAUAGUUCUCUCACUAGUUACUGGUUCAGGGACUCCAUUUCAAAACCUCAAUAAUUUGUCCCCGAAUCCAUCUGCAUAUCAAGAUGGUUUAUCAGAAAAUGAAUUUAAAGACUUGACAUCUACUUCGAUGUAUACUGUCAAAAAAGACAAGUCCCCAGGUCCUGUGGCUCUAAUUAGGUUUCAGAUAUGGAGUGUUGGGAAAGAUGUCAAAGAGCAGAUUGAACUGAAACUUGAAAAUGCUGUUCGACAUGCAUUAUGGGAUCUUCUAAUGGAAUAUUGUGCUUUGACUUCUCCAAUUUCAGAUUCUGCUUAUUUAGAUGAUUCUUCUUGCUAUAGUGAACCGACAACACCCAUAAGAACUCGGAGAACAGGGCUUUCUACUGUUGAUCCUAAUCUCCAGUUGAAGGAUUUUCAUUCAUCUGUAGGACUUCAAAUUUCCAAAGAGAUGUCAUCAUCUGUUCCAGAUAUUACUGUGAAAGCACAUUCACCACCAUCUUUGUUGAAGGAAAUUCCAGCAUUUAAAUUUGGUAAUGGACCACAGUCUGCUAAACCUGAAUUUCAUACUGAAGGAUCUAAUCAAGCUAAGCAAAUUACACCAUCUUCUAGCAGCACAAAGUGUGAUAAGAAAAAUUUAAAUUAUAUGUUUCAUACUCUUCUUGGACCUUUCUUACAGUAUGGAGAUAUGUUAGGUUGCCCUGCAUUAUCUAGAGGUACCUUCUCUCUAUCAUCAAGGCAUUCUGUCAUCAUUGUUUUGAAAGAGAUUCAGACUAUAAUAAAAAAUGUAUUACGAGAUAUAUUUCCCAAAGUAUAUGUACAAAUAAAUGAUCCUUUGACUUCAGAAAUAGAGUACAUUCCUUUCAAUCCUUAUACAAAUACAACAUCCGAGGAUUCUGAGACUAGAAAACCUGGAUCAAUUAAAAGUUUCAUAAUUAUUGGAAGAAAUGAGAAGCAGUGGAGAGCAUACUUGGGGCAUAGUGAAUUUUUAAAGUUUCAUGAAUCUUCUGUUGAGAGUAUCAAAACAUAUCAAAAAUAUCAGACCCAUGUUUGCACUCGUCAAAAUUUGGAUACAUUUCAAGAAUCAGGACUGAAUUCCCCCACACAUGCUAACAAAUCUGUUACAUCUGCCAGUCCUCAUCAAAAGAGUUCUGCUGCAUACGCUUCUGAUCGCUCUAGCAAACCUGCAGUUUAUUCCUCAUUUGUUCCUCGACAGCGUCUUUUUCUCAUGUAUGUUCAAGACAAAGAGAUUACUCUUUUCCUGUAUAACUGGUCAUCAGAAAUUAGUCAGAAUUUAUUAAGCCAACUUACAAGAUUAGUCAAGUGGCAUCAACAACGGAAUUGCCUUUUAAACAACAUUGUACUUCAAAAACUUGGUGUUUUCCAUGGGGUAUCUAGUUUGCAGCAUGGAAGUGCAGAAAAGUCUACAAAAACAGAUAAAUCCAAAAGUGUUCGAGAAUCACCUGAUGAUUCAGUUAAAUUAAGUUAUAUUGAACAGCUAAUUAACAAUCAUAAUUUUAGCAAAGAAUCACAUAGCACAAGUUCUAAGUCCUUAACUGUGAGUUUAAAACCUGUGUAUGUUAGUAAAAGUCUGAAAAAUGCAAGACCAAUCAUCCCUUUUCAUUUGAGUUCAAGUGCUGAUGUAAAGGACCCUGUAAAAGCUCAUGGAACACAGUUUUUGGAGACAAUCUCAGCUCAAAGACGAGAUAUGCAAGUUCUAUACAACAUGUGGCAAACAAGAGGAUCAAGUGUGGUUUAUCCUUUUGAUCGUGUCUUUCUUGAAUUAAAGAGAUUAGCUCGGCUGAGCCACUAUUGUUUCACACCUAUUCUCUUCAGUCCUUCCUGGCGUUGGAGGGUUGCUCCAAUACGAGAUCAUGCUUUGGAACCUCUUGAACAGCUUUACUCUUCUGAACGGCUUUCUGAUUCCUUAACUACAAGUAGGUCACGUCAUAGUUCUGGCAGUAGUCUAAAAAACAGUGAUGGUUCAAGUACUGCAUCUAGAUCCAGGCGUGUUAGUGGUGUGACGUAUCCUGGUUCAAAUCAAGGUUCUCCUCGAAUGAGAACAAAAACGCCAUCAGAAGAAACAUGGCAUAGCACUGUAUGUCGUCAUUAUCUUCAGGAAUAUGUGCAAUAUUUACAUACUGUAGGUUUUGUUUCUUUGCAGACAUCUGACACAUCAUCAGGACAAAGUCGACGUAGUGUCAGUAGUGAAGAUGACAAAUUGUCAAGGUCUGAUUCCUUUUCUCACCACAGAAAUAGCAUUGCAUGGCCCCCUGUUUUUUAUCUAAUCAAAUGUUUACUUGGAGGACUUUUAGUCUUUGAAUUAGGUAUAAUUGAACCUUAUGCUUAUGGCCAUUUGUACUCAUUAGAGUGCUCUAGGUUUAAUGCUUGCAGUCCUAGAACUCUGAAUUCGCAGUUUACAGCUGCAUUUUUAGAUGAGCUUGAUAAGGUGAAAUUAAACAUGCAUUUGCAUUCGUUUACAUAUGAUUAUCAUUUACGAACAAUUCAUUCUUAUAUAUCUGGAAGACAGCUGAUAUUUAGGCAUGGUUAUCAUCUUACAAGUUUCCUCGAUGAUUUCAUUAAAUACUACCAGAAAGUGCCAAAUGGAGCUCGUAAUUUAUUGUAUGCAGGCAGCUUAACCAUUCCAGACAUAAAUAUGUCAGGUGACCAGCUGUAUAAUUACAUAAUUAGUCACAAUCAACUUUAUGGAAUGACUGUAUUACGAAUGGUUCCUGUUGUAAUGGAUAGCACAUCGAGUAUCGAUACAGAAUUUGCCUUAGUUGAGCUAUCCGCACAAAAAGCAUCUUAUAAAGAUUUAAAUGAUGUCUGCCAAAUGGGAAGUUUUGAUGUUGGCCUUCUAAUUAACCAUAACACUUCAGAGUCUGUAACUGAUCCUAAUUCUUUAGUUUUAAGUUUUUAUAUAAUUCUUACUAGUCAAAGAGAUCUCUACCCUAAGCUGUCAAAUUUGGGUUCUAUGUUAGGAUCAUUUCAGACUGUGAGAUUUGGUUCUGCACUUACUUCCAGUGGCUAUUCUUCACGCAAAACAAGUACAGCAUCUAUGCUUACUGAAAAAGAGAAACUUGAAUCUAGUGGAGAAGAUUCCAUCAACUCUGCUGAUUCAAAGUCAAAGAAAACUAGUGUAGUACGUAGUAUGUGUGAUGAGGAUGUUAUGUACUUAGGCUACUACAGUAGUCAAGAAACAAUGAUGCAACAGGUGUUGAAUCAGCAGGCUGAAGCCGCACGAUGUCAUCUAGAAGGUAUUGUUCAAAGAGCUUCUAUUCACUGUCGUCGGGAUUCCUUAUGGAGCUCUUUGUUGCCAAGAACUUUAAAAGAGGAAAAUAGCAGUAAAGAUCAUGGUGCUUCAGCUGCUUCAUCUUAUGCUGACUUCUCUGAACUGCUGGAAUUAGUAACAAUGAUUCCUUUGAAUGGUAUAGAUGAAAAACUAACACCUUUCAUGAAUAUGCAUAUAUCAUGGUAUGUCACUCUAGCACCUGUCUUAAAAUCAAAGUAUGCUGAUAGCCAUCGAGAAUUUAUGUCAUCAGAUGGGAGCUCUAUGUAUGUGGUUGUUACUAACUUCCGUUGUCCUGAUUCAUUCUUGCUUCUUUCCAUUGAUGCACGGGCAAAUCGAACUGAUUUAUGCUUAGUUUUUAGAGAACCUCCGACAGACAUAGAGCAUACUGCUGAAAAACCAAAUCAACGUACAUUAGCUUUACAAUCCCUAGUUGAAGAUUUUGUAAAUGCUUGCUGCUUCCACUUGUGGACAUGUUUAUUGUGAUCCUCAGAUUUUAACACCACUAUAAAUCUAGCUGUAAACUAUGUUAAAAAAUGUACAUACAAAUGUAAGUAUAGUGUUUUCUGUGUGUGUGUUUGUACACACACACACAUACACUACACAUGUGAAUAUAUAUAUAUAUAAUUUUAUCAAUAAUUUAAUAGUCAAGAAUGUUUCUUAAAAAUUUCACAAAAUAGUAUAAUAUUUUUUUCCCUAAUUUUUUAAAAAUUAAUCGUUUGUUGUAUAUAUAAUUAAAAAUGAAAUAAAAUGAAGUAAACAGAAUUAUUCUAAAACAAAAUAGGAAAGUAUAAAUCGAAACGAUGAAUUCUAAACAAGAAAAAAGAAACUAAAGCAAAAGUAGAUGAAUAUAUAAAAUGAAACAAAAUUAAUUAAAUAAAAUUCCCAUGAAAUAAAAGAAAAGUUGAUAACUCUUUGGUAUUUUGCAAGAUUUUGCAAGUGUUACAAUAAAAUUUUAAAAAUAAUGUCUUAAGUUUCUUUGAAAACUUCUAAUACUUUAAAGUUUUUUUGUAAUUUUUUAAUUUAAAUAAAUAAUUGCUUUAUUUUACAAUUCAUCCAGGUAUAAAUUCAAGAGCAUGGAUUUGCUGAUAAUUCUUUCAGUUGCUCUUUGACAAAUACCAAAAAGUUAUUUUUAGUCCAAUAGCAUUUGUCCCUGAAGGACUAUUGUUUUUGUUUUGCAUUGAAAAUUUUAAAAGGCUGUAUCACUUUUCAAAUCAUUGCCAUGGUACCUAGAGCCAUCCAAUCU